AUGUUGAUUACAGUAGCUGUGCUGGGAGUGACAGUGGAACAAAAUGAACUCUCCUGGACAAAGCCAAAGGGCAAAAGAGUGUUUAUCAGCUGCAAAGUGACUGGUCUGACCACUGACUACAUCCACUGGUACCAGCAGAAAGACGGUGAAGCUCUCAAAAGAAUACUCUACGUUAAGCAGGAUGGCAGUGGCCUCACAUAUGACUCCAGCCAUCCACAGCUCGGUGUAUACAUUCUGCCCACUCUGGAUGAUAUUAAACCCACGACGGCUGGCUCCAUGGUCUUUUCACUACUGCUUGCUGCCAGUGUGUCUUUACAGAUCCCUUUGUACAGAGAAAAUGCUAAGCUCACAGUUGUAGUUGCUGUGUUGGGGCUGACAGUGGAGCAACCUAAACUCUCCUGGACAAAGCAAAAGGGCAAAAGAGUUUUUAUCAGCUGUGCAGUGACUGACAUGACUACUGACUAUGUCCACUGGUACCAACAGAAAGACGGUGAAGCUCUCAAAAGGAUUCUGUAUGUUAAUAAAGCCGGCACUAGCAUCGUUCCUAAUGCUGAUCAUCCUGAAGCAAAAGACUUCUCUGUGCAGCUGGAGAAGGGUAAUGAUUAUGUUCUGAAAGUGGAUGCAGUGAAGCCGAGUCAUUCAGCAGUUUAUUACUGUGCCACCUGGGACACAAGCAGCCACAUAGCUGUGCUGGGAGUGACAGUGGAGCAAAGUGAACUCUUCUGGACAAAGCCAGCAGGGAAAAGUGUUUACAUCAGCUGUAAAGUGACAGAUCUGAGGACAGCAUACGUCCACUGGUACCAGCAGAAAGACGAAGCUCUCAGAAGAAUACUCUACAUUAAGCACGAUGGCAGUGGCCUCACAUUUGACCCCAACCAUCCACAGGCAAAAGAGUUCAGUGUAAAGGUGGACAAGAAGUCUAAUGCUUAUGAUCUAAAGGUGGACACACUGAAGACGAGCCAUUCUGCAGUUUAUUACUGUGCCUGCUGGGAGUCAGGCAGCCACAUAUUUGGAUCUGGAACGCGGCUAAUCUGUGACUAUGACUACAAAGUCUUUGGAUCUGGAACGCGGCUAAUCGUCACCGAGAAGCCACUUGAGGUAAAACCACCUCAAUUAUCGGCGUACCCGAUAGUCAAACAGGACGAUGAAAAGAGAGUACUGCUGUGUCAAGCCAGAGACAUGGCUCCAAACCUGGUGAGGUUCACAUGGAAGGAAGGUGGUAAUAAAGUGGAAGGUGAUCUGAUGGAGCAGAACGAUGAGUCGGAGGUCAGAGUGACCAGCAUGCUCAUUGUAGACAAAGAGAAAGCAAGGACUAAUCAAUACACCUGCUUUGUCCAACAUGAGAGCAAUACUAAUGAAGACAAGCACGUCAACAUUCCAAAAGAAGUUGAUACACCACCUAAGAAUGAAUCAGUUGCUGGGACAGUUCCAACCUGUGCACCAUCACCUGACCAAAAAGAAGAGGACGGCACAAAUUUUGCUUCCUCGGAGCUGGUGCACAGACUGUAUCUGUUCAAUCUCACGUACGUGUCUCUGCUGGUGAAGAACGUGCUGUAUUUCUGUGCUGUGGGGGUCUUACUGUACAAGAGGAGAGCCGGAAACAGUGAGACACUUAGCAAACCCAGUCCAACAUCAAACUAGGACGACUGAGGAGUUUCAGAUAUUUUACAUACGCUAGUAGUCAAAAGACUGGACACACCUUACUAUAUGUUUUUCAUAAUCUUAAAGGCAUUUAGAUCUGAAUGAUUGUCAGAGUUGUUUCCAAGGCACAUAUUAAUAUUCAAAUUGACGCCAAUCCAAAACAAAUAAACAAAAAUAGUAAUGAUAAACAAUAUUUCUUGAAAGAAGUAGUUUACAUUUAGGACUUUAGAGAUGGAACCACAACCAUUAUGACAUUAUAAUUACUAUGUGUGUCUCAUUAAAAGUUAAUUAGCUGAAUUUCAGUCCUCGUUAACGCAUUUCAGCCAAUCAGCUUUGUGAGAAAAAGCCUUACUAGGUACAAAUCCAGUAACUCCAUAUGAACUAUUUCAUAGUUUGAUGUCUUCAAUAUUUUGACGUAUUGUUCCACAAAUACGGAAAAUAGUAAAUAAAUAGAUAUAUGAGUAGAUGUGUCCAAACUUUUGACUGGUAGUGUAUAUUUUUUUCUCUCUUUUCUUUUUUUCCUCUUAACAGUUUAAGCUUUUAUUUUAAUCCUUUUAUUCGUUGCCUGCUAGCCUUAGAUCUCUUGGUAUAAGUAUGAUUUGUGAUUUCUUUUUUCUGAUUAUAUUCUGCAAAACGAGAAAAUGACCAAAAAAAACGUUUUAAGCCACAUCAGGCUGAUUAGACUGUAAAGAUGUGUUUUUUAAAUGUACUUUUGUUUGUAUACAGUCACUUUUACACUUUUCCUGUAUUAAUCAAUCUACGUUAUUAAUCUUUGAACAUUGCAUACAGUCUUAUGCAAAUGUUUGGGCACCACUGGUUAAAUUACACGUUGAUUUUCUAAAUAAAAGUGAGUUACACAUCCUCCAUAGGGAACACACUUCUGCACAUUUUAAUGCUCUAUUACUGUUUAUUUGCUGGAUUUAACAUACCAGAAAAAAUGGCCUUUGUAAAAAUUAUGGCACAUUUUAUAUUCUAUGUUUUAUUUUUUCUAAUAUGUUAAACUCAGCAAUAGAUAAAAUUGUGCACUAAAAUUUGCAAACAAAUGUCAUAUUUAGGUGUGUUCUCUCUACAGGAGGUGUCACUUGACAGUGGGUGUUUUUGCAUAUGACUGUGUUCUCUCCUUUUAUUCUAGUAUAUUUAGCAUGCAUUCAUUAUUUUAAGAAAAUAGAGGCAGAAAUGUUGGAGAAUGUUUUGGCUGAUUAGGUGUUAUAAGCAUAUAUAGACCUGUUUUUGCUCAACCUGUAUCUCUUUUUGUCUCUAUUUCAACAAAAUCACCAGUUUAUGCUUUUAAAAAUGUUUGAUAU